AUGGGAUUCAGAAACCAGCAGUUCCAAUUCCUUUGCUUUGCUUUGAUCUUCGUACUGGGAGCUUGGGCUCCGCAGGCCAUGUCUCGUAGUCUCCAGGAUGUAUCAAUGUACGAGAGGCAUGAAGAAUGGAUGGCUGGUUAUGGGCGUGUGUACAAGGACGCCAAUGAGAAGGAGAAGCGCUACAAUAUUUUCAAGGAGAAUGUGGCACGUAUCGAGGCUUUCAACAAGGCCAAUGACAAAUCUUACAAACUAGGCGUCAAUGGAUUUGCUGAUCUUACAAACGAAGAGUUCAAAGCCACACGAAAUAGAUUUAAGGGCCAUAUGUGCUCUGAAUUAACAAAGACAGCUUCAUUCAAAUAUGAAAACGUUACUGCAGUGCCGCCUUCGAUGGAUUGGAGAAAGAAAGGCGCUGUAACACCCGUCAAAGACCAAGGACAAUGCGGAUGUUGCUGGGCAUUUUCAGCAGUUGCGGCUAUUGAAGGAAUUAAUCAGCUAACAACUGGAAAAUUAGUAUCUCUGUCUGAGCAAGAGUUGGUAGACUGUGACAUCAAGGGCGAGGAUGAAGGAUGUAAUGGUGGUUUAAUGGACGAUGCCUUUAAAUUUAUCCUACAGAAUCAUGGGAUAGCAUCAGAAACGACCUACCCAUACCAGGGAGUGGAUGGAAAAUGCAGUGCUAGCAAGGAGGCUAGUCGUGCAGCCAAAAUAAAGGGAUACGAGGAUGUGCCAGCCAAUAGCGAAGCGGCACUAUUGAAGGCUGUAGCUAAUCAACCGAUUUCUGUUGCCAUUGAUGCUGGAGGUUUUGACUUCCAGUUUUAUUCGAGCGGUGUGUUUACAGGUCAGUGUGGAACUGAACUAGACCAUGGAGUUACUGCUGUCGGUUAUGGAGUGAGCAGUGAUGGGACCAAGUAUUGGCUGGUGAAGAACUCAUGGGGCACAGGGUGGGGAGAAGGAGGAUACAUUAUGAUGCAAAGAGGUAUUGCUGCUAAGGAAGGGCUUUGUGGUAUAGCUAUGGAAGCCUCUUACCCCACUGCAUAA